AUGUCGCAUAUCGAUGUCUACACCGGCCUCUAUGGCCUGCUCGCAUCUAUUCUCGUCUACUGGCUUGGCAUGAGAUGGAACCGCUCUCGGAGGUCUUUCCCCCCUGGUCCUCGUGGACUACCCCUCAUUGGCAAUGCUUUGCAUAUGCCAGCGGACCGAGAAUGGGUCCAGUUCGCCGAGUGGGCGAAGACUUACGGGAGUAUUGUGCACCUCUCCGUCUUCGGGCGGUCUAUUGUACUCUUGAGCUCUCCUGAGGUCAUAACGGAUCUCCUCGAGAAGAGAGGUGCUAUCUACUCUGACAGACCUAUCCUCCAUUUCGCCGGCGAGAUGGUUGGUUAUAACCGUUUCAUACUCCUCGAGCCGUACAGUACUCGUUUGCGAGAGGAGCGCAAGAUCAUAUUGAGCAACAUCAACCCUCGUCGAGGUGCCGAGAUACAUCAAGUACAAGAAGCCAAGGUCAUCCAGCUUCUGGACAAACUGCUCGAUACUCCUGAUUGCUUUCGGGAUCACCUGCGAUGGUUCGUCGCCGCUGUUGUUUUUCAGAUAUCGCACGGCCAUGAAGUCAAGGACUUUGAGGACCGAUUCGUCCGGCUCGCUGAAGAGACCACCCACGACUUCUCUUUGGCGGCUCAACCUGGACAGCACCUAGUCGACAGUUUACCAUUAUUGAAACGUAUUCCUGACUGGGCUCCUGGCACUCAUUUCAAAGACGUAGCUCGGGCGGGAAGGUUGCUAUUGCGCCGGCUUCGCGACGAGCCUUACGACCAUGUGAAGCGUCAGAUCGCGCGAGGAACUGCGUCCCCGUCUAUCACAGCAUCUGUCAUCGAGAGCAACCCCAAUCCUACUCCCGAGGAGGAAGAUCUGCAGAAAAGCGCCACUUGUAUGCUAUAUGCCACGGGCGCCGACACAACCGUAUCCGCACUUGGCUCCUUCUUUCUCAUCAUGACUUUGUAUCCCGAAGUUCAGCGUAAAGCUCAGGCCGAGCUGGAUAGUGUUGUAGAGCACGGUCGACUGCCUACGUUUGACGACCGCUCCAAACUGCCUUACUUAGAGUGUGUCAUGAAGGAAAUUAUUCGUUGGAACCCUGUGUCGCCACUAGCAUUACCGCACAGUCUCACUCAGGACGAUGUCUAUGAAGGGUACCAUAUACCCGCCGGCUCCACUGUGAUCCCUAAUACUUGGGCCAUUUUGCACGAUCCGUCGCUGUAUCCUCAUCCCUUUGAGGUCAUACCUGAGCGAUACAUCGACGCUGACGACAAACUGAACCCCGAUCCCCGGACGUUCGCAUUUGGUUACGGACGACGAGUCUGCCCGGGACAGUUUCUAGCUGACCACUCCCUCUUCAUUGUUGUGGCAACGGUGCUCUCGACGAUGAACAUCGGUAGAGCAAAACGUGACGAUGGAACGCCCAUUGACAUCCACGUCGAGUACUCCGGAGGUGCUAUCAGCCAUCCCAAUGAAUUCCAAUGUUGUAUCACUCCUCGUUCGCAGGAGGUCGGACGAAUUGUCAGGCAUGCGGCGGGUAGCAACUUAGCUGAGACGGCGUAG